CGAUAGGAAUGGCAUCAGACUUACCGGAUUCCAAAACGACACACAGUUAAGGUAAAUCAAUUUUACCUCCUAUUCCCAUACUUAUUUGAAAAUUCAGGGUUUUUGUUCCCUAUGCUCAAAAAUAGCCUUUGUUUAUGUAUAGAUUGUCAGGGUGGUAGGACGGAAAAUACCACGAACCCCCUUAUUGGCUAACCCUGGUUUGAAAUUUGUGUCCUCCAGCUUGAGUGUUGAUUUCAGAACAAUUUAAGGAUUGUAAAGGUAUCUUGUCAACUAAGGUCUCGAAUACUAAUCGUAAAAUCUCGAAACUCUUGCACUCUCGUCUUUCAGUACAUUUUGCUUUGGAGUCUCGUUUUUUCUUGUUUUGUUUUGCUUUUAUUCUGCAAAACUGUUCGAAGUGUUCUUUACGAAAGGUUUUAAGUAUUUUGCAAGUUAACACACACAAAUCGUGAAAACUACCGAUUAUUUAACAAAUAGAGAAGCCUUCACUGUGCUAUGUCCUGUUAAAAAGCACGCAGGUAGCGGCUAGAGCACGAAAGAAGUGUAGGGAGAAACACGAGACGUAGUCGAGUGUUUCUUCCCACUUCUUGAGUGCUCUAGCCGCUUCCUAAGUCUCUAAUACAGAAUCUUGAAGUGAAAUGUUCAGUGAACUUCAGCCGAAUUAUGGCUCAUAAAAACACGCGAGUUUUUUCACAUGAAAAGGUAGAAAACAAACUGUUCAAGGCGAGUGUUUUUUGAAUGAACGACAGCCGAAUCCACCGGAAUAUAAAGACGCUCGUGAUGACAGCACCGCAAAACUCGGCUGCAGUGACUGAUGUAACUUUCCACUCAACGUAUCGGAAAGGAUAUCAGAGCAAGCUCUUAUUUUUUCACUCGAAGGGCAGCCGAUGUAGUUUCUGAGUCUUGCUUUCCUGUGAUGACCGGAGAUCGCCAUGAUGAGCGAGCCGCGAUGAACUUCAGCAUGAUCAUAUUCGCUCAGACACCGUCAUGAUUAGUAUGAAUUUUUAACAAUUAUGCCAGUUUGGUUAUAUUUUUCAUCACUUCUGUUUUGUUUUUAACACUGAACUUUAUAUACUAUACGAGUGUUAGCUGUGUUUGAUUUUUAUUACCGUUCGUAAGCUUGCAAUCUAACUGAGCGUGAAAGUCUUUAAAACUCGGAAUGUUUAUUUUGUUUUUCCUUUGAGGAUUUUCGUAUCUGCUCACGUUUUAAUAACGUAAACUAGUAAUAACCACAGGUUAGGAAGUGCGUGCGAGGGCUAUGCAUGAUUUGUUUGCGUUUGUAACAGCUCUCGAUCGCUCUACAGUUCAAGUCUUCAAUGGAUCAACGCCAAGGUCAAUGGACGCACAGCUCUCGAUCGCUCUACAGUUCAAGUCUUCAAUGGAUCAACGCCAAGGUCAAUGGACGCACAGCUCUCGAUCGCUCUACAGUUCAAGUCUUCAAUGGAUCAACGCCAAGGUCAAUGGACGCACAGCUCUCGCUCUACAGUUCAACAACGCCAAGGAGGAACACAGAUCUCUCGCAAUGGCCGGAAGAUUUCGAUACCUGACAACAACAGACACGAACAGGAAACGUUCCGAUCACAAGUUCACACGCUCGAUUUUGAUUGGACAGCGCGCCAGCUAUGCAUGAGCUGCACGUGAUUCUUCGACGAAAUAGACGUCGUCCACGUGAUAAAAUUGUGUUGUGUGCAUUCCAAAUUAUGGACCGCCACUUCUGCAUGAACUGCACGUGAUUCUUGACAUUCUUUAUGCUCUACACUCUCAUAGAGCACGCUCUUUCAACCAAUGACAGCGCGCGUUAUAUCCGAACUUUAUUAUAAAAGCCAAAUAAUAGUGUUGAAUCUAACACCGCGGGCAACGCACGUUAGUUAAAAAAAAAACUCAUAACUUUUAUCUAGGGUAACGCUAUCGUGGGCGAAUAUAUGUGAUGAUGUAUAUUUUUAACUGCCAAGCUGGCUAAACAUUUAUGGAAAUGUUUUCAGGGAUGAAGUAUUCUCGGAGUCAAUUUCAGUGGCUUUUAAGUGCGUGACCUUUUAAGCCACAAAUAUUUUCUUUACGUGUAAACGUCCAGAAGCGUGAUAUCUUGUGAUUUGAGCGAGUGCAUACAUUGUCAUGCGUGACAGAGACAAAGCAUUAAAAUUGACGAAGAAACGUCUUGAAAGGUUACGCAUAUCUUUUGCGGCGGUUUCUAUGAUCUACUAACCUUGUCUUAACACUCCCUUUAACCUGGGAUGUAAUCAGCUUUAGUGCAUUACUCAGGAUUUUUUACGUUCAUACUUCUCACAAUUGACAACCUUAAAAAGUUUUCGUUUAAAACUCGGGAAAAAUGUUACUCAAUGUUUCUCAUGAGUUUUUCAUGCAUCCUAUUCAACACAGCGGUGAAAUCUCUGUAGUAUAUGUGUUACUAAUGGGCCCCACUUACUAUGACGAUAUGCCACGUAUUUAAGGCUAAAAGUUGACAUAAUCCGAUGGCAGUAAUCGCUUUUCUUUUCGCUUACUUCUGCUGUGUUAGAUCAGCAAACUAUAAAAUAGCAGUAUCAUAUGUAUACAGAACACUUUCGGCCAUCUAUACCAUUGCAAUACUUGAAUUGUUUUGUCAUGUUACAAGAUUACGUAGGGUGGAUCUUGCAGUGAAGUACUAGCUUAAUUACCCUCUCAUAUUAGUAUGCUCUCCUUUUCAUAUUGUUUGAAGCAGCCUGAAUCCAACAUUGUUUAAUUUCUACUAUUCAUAGAUUUAAAUCAACCGACAAUGUGCAUUGUAUUCAUGUACUUUUGUGACGACCCAAGCCCUGAUGGAUACCGUCUGAUUGUUGCAUCAAACAGAGAUGAGGUUUAUUCCAGACCUACAGCCCAAGCAAAGUUUUGGGACGAAUAUCCUGAUAUCAUUGCAGGUAAUCUGUUUUAAUUAAACAGUGUUUCCCUUUUUACAUGUAAGAGACUUUUACUAAAUAGAGAAACCGUCAUCAACUGGUCUCUGUACGCUCGCAAGUGCGCCGAGCCUGUUAGGCCAGCGACGAAAAGAGAUUCUGAUUCACUUCUUGGUCUUGUAGGAUUUCCUAGCCUCAAAUGGGUUGGGGGUUUUCAGUUAAGGCGGGCCCUUUAAGAAUCCCAGACCCAUAAGAACUAAAACAUUGAAAACAACUACAACUCGUCCUUAUUUGCUUCAUAACGAAGGACAUUUCCAGCUCAUUUAAAUGGCAAAACUAGUUUAACAGAAUCCGACUUGUUUUGUGCGCAGGAAUGGACAUGAAGUCAGGAAGAGAAGGUGGAACGUGGAUUGGAAUGAAAAGUGAUGGCAAAUUUGCUGCUACUACGUUUUACAGACAGUCGAAAAAGUUCACUACCUCUAAAGCAAAAGGGAGAGGCCAUCUUGUUUCAGACUUUCUGAAGGGUGACGAUGACGUUGAGAAUCACCUCAAGAAAGUAAGUAACGAAGGAGACCUCUACAAUGGAUUCAAUCUUUUGGUGGGUGAAUUGUCACCAAAUGGUGAGACCGAGGUGGGAUGGUACUGUAACAUUGAAGAUAAACAAGUCACAAUGUUGAAACCUGGGAUUCACGUUUUAUCGAACAAAACGUUGAACUGUUCUUGGCCCAAGAUGGGUUAUGGGAAAAAAAGAUUCGCCAGAAUAAUAGAAGAAACUUCAACUAAAGAAGAUCUUGUUGACGAGCUGCUCUGGCUGCUGAAGGCCCGACAGAGGUAAGUGCAGUUUUUGUUCUCCGUAGCUUGUGAAAGCCGUAAACUGAUCGACUCCAAUAAAGUGUUGGAAAUUAAUAAUAGUCAUUAAAUAGAAUAGGAGAGAUGGUAAGUUUUGAGCUCGGUUAAGACAUAGAGAAAGAUGUUUUCGUCUUGUCGCGAACGUGGGACAAAGAAAAAAAUUCUGAGGCCCCCCUGAGGAAUCAAAACUUAGACCUUCGGAUUCCGCGCUCCGAUACUCAACCGCUGAGCCACAGAGACUCUACGAUGAGCGAGGUCUAUUACGAAGUUCAUAUCACACGCAUCGUGCAUACUUCUAGGAUCAGCAAUGUCGAUAGCGUCAUGUUUUUAAAUAGAAUAAGAGAGAUGGUAAGUUUUCAGCUUGGUAAAGAAAUAGAGAAAGAUGUUUUUCGUCUUGUCGCCUCAUUCUUUGAUCAAGCCACAUACUAGAUCAGCACUUGUACUCAUUAGCUUUCCUGUUGUGUUGCGGUGUUCAGAUCUUUUAGUGUAAGUUGCGGUGAUCACAACAACUUCAUUGCGGCUCAAGAUGAAGGGUUCGAUGAAGCUCUUAUUGAAGCGUCACGGGCAGUUUUUGUCAGGCAUCAAGUUAUGAAUUUUGGAACAAGGUAGGAACUGCGUCAAUUUUGGUAAGAGUUGAUUGGAAAAGAGAAAAAUUCUAUUUAGGAAUCGCAGUUAUUAUCAUGUUCCUUGCCUCUCAAAGCUAGGGUUUCCAUAAUUGAAAAUACUAAGAUUUACGAAUAUAAAUUUUCUUUCCUAGUUAUAUUUGUUUUUAUGUUCAAACAUGCUCAAAUAUGAGCCAAACUGAAACUAGCCUAGUUCCAGGACGCUCUCUCGUAGUCUCUCACAGUCGAUCCAUCCCUGUUAACUAACCUCAGCGAAUAGCCGUCUUAUUUGACUGACCACGCCACAGUCCUAGAAACUAGGGAAAACAUUAGCUCCUAGUUCCAUAUGGUUCACGGAAACUGCUAAUAUUAUAUCCGCCGCGUAUGCAAUCUUCAUUGUUGCAGGUAAUUUAGUGUUAACAACUAAGUUGAAAACAUAAAUUAGCCACCGUAAAGGGUAAAAAAGCUGACGUUUCGAGCGUUAGCCCUUCCCCAUCGCUCUGACGAAGGGCUAACGCUCGAAAUGUCAGCUUUUUUACCCUUUACGAUGGCUAAUUUACGUUUUCAACUCAGUUGUUAACACUAAAUUACCUGCUAUACUCUUCCACCGACGCAGCACCACAGUUUCUUUAGAAACUGACCCCUUUAUUCAAUCUUCAUUGUUGUCUACUUGUUCUCAGAACCAACACAGUGAUGUUAGUUGAUGCCAAUGGACACGCUACGUAUGUUGAGAGAACUAUGGACGAGAUUGCCUCUGACCCUGAUGAAGCAGAGUGGACAGUGAACUCCUAUGAGUUUGAAAUGUUCCAGAAGACUGGUAUCUGCACCGCGCACGAAAAAUCAAAAGAAAAACCUAAAAGAAGGAAGAAAGGCAUUUGGAAUAUAGAAGGGAUCCUGGAGAAAUCCUAGCUUGCAAAUAAACUGACGUUAUAAUAAAUCAGACAAUUGUUUACUCACCCAAAAAGCAUCAAGCUACAACAAUAUACGUGUGUUUGCUCAAUGAGGAAACACUUGUUAAUAGGUAAAGGCAUUUACAAGUUUUGAUGGCCAAAGAUAAACGCGAUGCGGAUUUGUUAGUUCAAUUACAUGAGCCGUGUUUUAAUUUUAUCUCGAACUGCGGUUCCCGAGAGUUAUUGGCGAAACCAAAGACUACGAGGAGCACUACGAGAAUAACCAAAGCAUUAAAAUCACGAUUUCAACCGAAAUUUGUCGUACCGCUGAUAAAAAAUGCUGAGUAAGCUUCGCUAGACAACAAAACAUCCAGAGCCAUAAACAAUAUUUAUUUUUUCAUACCAUUAACAAGAUAAAAACUG